AUGUUUCGUCAGCUGGUCGACGACGAGUGGGCACACAAGUUUUCCUUUGUUUCUCGGAAUGAUGCGAUUGUAGCCGAUAAAUUCGCGUGGUCGAAUAAGUUUGGCGGCAAGUUGCCAAGAUAUGAAGCACGAGCCAAACAAACCGAGCCACUGAAUCGGACAGCAGCCGGUGCAGAAGCAGGCGACGGCGGCGGCGGCGAAAGCUAG